UGGCAGGGACUUGAAUAGUUGAAUUGGGGAAACUCGGGGAAGAAGAAGAGGAAGAAGAGGAAGAAGAAAGUCCAUAAUUAGAAGGGUGGUGGGGCCCUAUGUUCGCCGGAUAAAGAAAGUCACUAACCAUUAUUUGUUCGCUCAUUCUCUGCUGAUUCCACUUCCAUUUCGACCUCUAAAUAACGACAAAAAGAGCGAGGACCAAAAAAAAAAAAAAAAUCUGAUCUUUCUCGGACCUGAACAAACAACCUUUGGAUCUACCAACCAAUGGAUGAACACCCUUCUUUCAGCGAAGAUGGGGAUGCCUUGGAAAAUUCUAACGGAAAGGAGGUAGCCACAAAUGAGGAAUGUUCCGAUAUGGAACCAUACGUGGGUAUGGAGUUUGAGUCUGAAGAGGCUGCCAAAGUGUUCUAUGAUGCGUAUGCCACACAUCUAGGGUUUAUUAUGCGUGUUGAUGCGUUUAGGAGAUCAAUGCGUGAUGGAAAGGUUGUUUGGCGUCGACUAGUGUGUAAUAAAGAGGGUUUUCGAAAGUUGAGGCCCAAAAGAAGUGAGAAUAGGAAGCCCCGAGCUAUCACAAGGGAAGGGUGUAAGGCGAUGAUAGUGGUAAAAAAGGAGAAAACAGGGAAAUGGGUUGUAACGAGAUUUGUAAGGGAACAUAAUCAUCCACUUGUAGUUACACCUGCCAAUGGCCGUCGUAGUGUGCUUCUAUCUCAAACACCGGAUGAGAAAGAUGUCAAAAUUCGAGAGUUAACGGCAGAAUUACAGCGAGAACGAAAGCGAUCUGCUGCUUUGCAAGAACAGCUUGACCUGGUAUUGAGAGAGAUGGAAGAACAUUCUAAUCAUCUUUCGAGAAACAUUGAUGACAUAGUUCAAAGUGUUAAAGAAAUUGAAUCUAAGAGGGUAUCACUUUCCGACACUCAACAUCCCCUGUAAUUGUCCAUUUUUACCUUUGUACAAUUUCUUUUAUCUGCUAUUGUUAGAACUGGAGACCAAAUUUUGACCUCUUAGGUUUAAAAUUCUUCGUUAAUGUACCAUCCUUGUAAAAGUAGCUCAUCAAGAAUUAGUGAAGAUUAUGUUCUAACUCUCA